AUGCGUUUUUCAGCACUGUUGCCAUUGUUGGCCGUGGCCGUUGCAGCCCACGGUCAUGGUCACGACGAUGACUCGCACAUCGAGAAGCGUUCCCAGCCUGGUGCUCCCCAGCCCAACCCUGUCGAUCUUAGCCCCUUGACCUGGGGAGAUGUCAACAUCAUCCACACCACCGAUACCCACGGAUGGUUGUCUGGACACACGAAGGAGGCGUCGUACUCGGCUGACUUUGGGGAUUUCUCGUCGUUCCUGUACCACAUGCGCCAGCAGGCCAUCCACCGCCGCAAGGAUCUCCUCGUCGUCGACUCUGGAGACUUGCACGACGGCAACGGUCUUGGAGAUGCUUCCCCCGUCAACGGAGAGUACACUCGUCCCAUCUACCAGAAGAUCAACUACGAUGCUUUGUCUAUCGGAAACCACGAGCUGUACGUCAACGACGUUGCCGAGAACACCUACCGCCACUUUGCUCCCGGCUGGGGCAAGCGUUAUUUGACCUCCAACGUUUUCAUCAAGGACAGCUUGACCAACAAGACCGUCCCCAUUGGAAACUUGUACAACAAGUUCCGCCUGAAGUUCGGAACUCGUGUGAUGAGUUACGGAUUCUUGUACAACUUCGUCGGCGCCGCCAAUAACACCGUCAUCGAGCCCUCCAACUUCACCGUCACCCUCCCCUGGUUCCAGAAAUCCCUCAAGGAGGACGUCGACAUGUACCUCAUCGUCGGACAUGUCCCUGUCCGUUGGGCCGAGGCCACCGCCGUCGUCCAGGCCAUCCGUGCCGCUCACCCUUCCAAGCCCAUUGUGGUUCUUGGAGGACACUUGCACGUCCGUGAUUUCAAGGUCUAUGAUAACCGUGCUUUCGGUCUUGCCAGUGGUCGCUUCAUGGAGACUGUGGGCUGGUUGUCCGUUGAUGGAAUUCGUGAUCGUGCUUGCAAGGUUGAGACCAACUGUGUCGGCAAGAACUUGACUGUUACCCGUCGCUACCUCGACUCCAAUGUCUACACCUACAAGAAGCACUCCCUUGCCCACCCCAAGCAGAAGUUUGACACCUGGAAGGGCCGUAGCAUCACCAAGGAGAUCGUCAAGAUUCGCAAGACCUUGAACUUGUCCAACACCAUCGGUUGCGCCCCCCAGGAUUACUACCUCGCUCGCUACCCUUACACCGACGCUCGUUCAUUGUUGAACUUGGUCUCCAACGAGGUUCUCCCCACCGCCGUCGUCAACGCCUCGCGUCCUUACCCCGGUGUUGUCAUCGUCAACUCUGGAUCCCAGCGUUUCGAUCUCUUCAAAGGUCCCUUCACCCUCGACGACACCUACAUCGUCUCGCCCUUCCACAACGAUUUCGUCUACGCCAGCGUCCCUUACUCCAUCGCGUCCAAGAUGCUGACCGCCCUCAACGGCGCCCCUUUCCAGAAGCGCGGUGAUGACAUCCCCCUCCCUGCCUACGCCAAGAACGCAACUCUCACCCCUGGAUACGUGACCAAGGACGAUUACGGUUACGGUGGUGAUGACUGGGCCCAUUCUUCUAUCCCUUACGUCUCCUCCCCCAACUAUAUCUCGUCCCCCUUGCCUACGGGAUUGAAGGAUACGGAUCUGGUUGAUGUUGUUUGGCUGUCGUUUUUCACCAACUUGGUCGACCCCAUUUUGAAGAAGUUGGAUCCCGCUAAUACCUAUGCUACGGGUAUCUAUAGGAGCGAUGUUGACUCCAACUCGAUGUUGUUGAACUUUGUCAAGGCCAAGUGGGCCAACACUACUUGCUAA